AUGGCCUCUCUCGACGUUGAGGACAUUCUGUCGAAACUGACGACGAGGGAAAAAGUAGAACUUUUAUCAGGUGUCGACUUCUGGCAUACGAAAUCAUUUCCACAGUAUGGAGUGCCAUCAUUACGAUUAUCUGAUGGACCAAAUGGUGUUCGAGGCCAACGGAACUUCUGUGGGACACCCGGGGCAGUACUGCCUUGUGGGACGGGCCUUGGGGCACUCUGGGAUCAGGACCUGCUCUUCAGAGCUGGCAAGUUAAUGAGCGACGAAGCAAAAGCUAAAGGAGCCCACGUGAUCCUUGGUCCAUGUAUCAACAUGCAACGAGGACCGCUAGGUGGUCGCGGCUUCGAAUCGAUAUCAGAAGAUCCAGUUCUCGCUGGUCUUGCAGCUGCCGCUUUGACUUCGGGGUUGCAGAGUGAGGGCGUUGCGGGAUGUAUUAAGCAUUUUGUUUGUAAUGACCAGGAACACCAGCGAUCACUCUACGAUGCGCAACUCACGCAGCGAGCUUUGCGUGAAAUUUAUUUGCUUCCUUUCCAGAUUGUUGCAAGGGAUGCGAAUCCCAAGAUGUUCAUGACUUCGUAUAACAAGGUUAAUGGUACGCACGCGAGCGAGAGCAAGGGGCUUUUGCAAGAUGUUCUUAGGGAUGAGUGGAAAUGGGACGGGGUUAUCGUCAGUGACUGGUUUGGCACGUACUCGACAUCCGAAGCAAUCAACACAGGUCUAGACCUAGAAAUGCCUGGACCCACACGAUUCAGAGGCAACGCAUUGGGUCAUGCAAUCUCAAGCGGCAAGAUCUCCCUUGACGCUUUAGACGAGCGUGCGAGGGCAAUGUUGAAGCUCGUCGAUCGCUGCGCCCCAUCGGGGAUCAAGGAGAGAGGCGAAGAGAUUGAACUUAACACCCCUGAAACCAGCGCUCUCCUCCGUAAACUUGCAAGCGACAGCAUCGUCCUAUUGAAGAAUAACAAUCAACUUCUACCACUAUCGAAAAACAAGCCAACCGUGGUCAUUGGACCCAACGCCAAAGUAUCGACCUUUUGUGGGGGCGGGUCAUCUGCUCUGGAGCCAUAUUACGCAGUUACUCCAUUCGAUGGGAUUGUCUCGAAACUAGGCUGUUCGGACCUCAAGUACACAGUCGGCGCCUACUCCCACAAAGAGCUCCCCCUCCUCGGUAACAUGCUUAAAAGCUUAGAAGGAAAGCCCGGUGUCUCCUUUAGCGCCUACCUCGACCCCCCUUCCACCCCCUCUCGAAAGCGUGUGGAUUACAAAAUCGUAAGGAAGACGGACAUGUUUCUCUUCGAUUACCUUUGCCCGCAAGACACAACUGGACUUUGGUAUGCGGACAUUGAGGGAUUUAUGACGCCUGAGAUGGACGGCGAGUUUGAGUUUGGCCUGUGUGUUUAUGGGACGGGGAGACUGUUUGUUGAUGGGAUUUUGGUGGUUGAUAAUGCGACGGAACAGAGGCAAGGAACGGUAUUCUUUGGGUGUGGGACGGUGGAAGAGAUUGGGGUUGUCCAAGUUAAGAAGAAUCAGACCUAUCACGUUAAAGUUGAGUUUGGGAGUGCAGCAACGAAUACACUUGGUACUGGUGGCGUUGUACGAUUUGGUGGCGGCGGCGUUCGUCUUGGUGGUGCUUUAAAAAUCGACCCGAUGGAGGAGAUCGAGAGGGCGGUUGCGUUGGCGAGGGAUGCUGAGCAAGUCGUCAUUUGCUGUGGAUUGAAUGCGGAUUGGGAAGGAGAAGGGAACGAUCGUCAGGACAUGUCCCUCCCUGGCCAUCUCGAUACUUUGAUCUUGAGAAUGCCAUGGAUCCAAGACGUCCCUGCAGUCCUCCAAGCCUGGUAUGGCGGCAACGAAUGCGGCAACGCCAUCGCAGAUAUUCUUUUCGGCGAUAUCAACCCCAGCGGGAAACUACCUCUGACGUUCCCUAAGCGCCUCAAGGAUAACCCUACUUAUCUGCACUACAAGAGUGAGCGAGGGCGGACCUUGUAUGGCGAAGAUAUCUACAUUGGAUACCGCUACUACGAAGCUCUAGAACUCGAUGUUCUCUUCCCCUUUGGCCAUGGGCUUAGCUACACCACAUUCGCGCUCUCCGACCUCCGCGUCUCCAAAGACGACAAAACAGGCAUCUCGAAAAUCUCCUGCUUAGUUACGAAUACAGGAACCGUUGCAGGCGCAGAAGUGGUACAACUGUAUAUUGCGCAACGAAACCCAUCGAUCCGCAGGCCCGAGAAAGAAUUAAAGGGGUUUAGCAAAGUGUUUUUGGAGCCGGGUGUGAAGAAAGAGGUUAGUAUUAAUAUGGAAAUUAAGUAUACGGUGAGCUUUUGGGAUGAGGCCAAGAAUAGGUGGGUUGUGGAGAGGGAUACGUAUGAGGUGCUUGUUGGGAGUACGAGUGCAUUAGGUGGUGAUGCUCUGAGAGGGAGCUUUGAGAUAGAUAGAACGUGGUGGUGGAAUGGGGAAAGGGUUUGCUUAAGAGUAAGAGUAUGA